GAAAGUGAACCAGAACCAGAACCCAAUCGCCCUCGUCUUCGCCGUCGCUGUCCACUUCGAAGGCUGCGUAUCUUAUCGGCGAUUCCAUCCGCGCUUCUUGUAUUCCUCCUGGGACUGGUGCUCUGUUUCGUCCGUGACCCUUCCAUUGUUAAGGGUCUCAAGUUCGGGCCUUCGAAGAUGCACGGGAUUAAGAUCUCCUGGAAUGACUGGAAGACCGGAUUCAUUCAAGCUGCCAUACCUCAGAUUCCACUCUCUAUUCUUAACUCUGUGAUAGCGGUCUGCAAAUUAUCGGCCGACCUGUUUCCGGAGAAGGAGGCGUCGGCCACCGCAGUCUCCGUCAGUGUGGGAGUUAUGAACUUCGUGGGUUGUUGGUUCGGUGCAAUGCCCGUCUGCCAUGGCGCAGGGGGGUUGGCGGCGCAGUACCGUUUCGGGGGAAGAAGCGGUGCAUCGGUGCUGUUUCUAGGAAUAGGGAAGCUGGUUUUGGGGCUUGUUUUUGGGAACACGUUCGUGAAGGUAUUGGAUGAAUUCCCAAUUGGGUUAUUGGGAGUGCUCUUACUCUACUCUGGGAUUGAAUUGGCAAUGGCUUCCAAGGACAUGAACUCCAAGGGGGAAUCUUUUGUGAUGCUGACUUGUGCUGCUGUUUCUUUGACUGGUUCAAGCGCAGCUUUAGGCUUCGGUUGCGGGAUUGUGCUGUUUUUGCUGCUGAAGCUGAGGGAAUUGGAUUACUCUUCAAUGAUCUUCAAAUUCAAAGUUUCUGGUGGAUAUUGAUACUG